CUCGCGAUCACCCGCGCCGCCGAUGCAUUAUGCGCUCAGUGUGUGCCCUGUGAAUAUUGUGAUCAUUGAGUUUUCAUUCGCAAUUAGGUACGACCACCGCACGAAGCAAAACAACCUAAACGCAAUACUCAAAACACAAUAACAAGCUUUAAAUAUAAGUAUAUUAGCAAGUUCAUAAAAGCAAUUCACAAACGCACUAGGAUAUAAAGCGAUACGGAAGCAAACGUACAAAACAAGCGGUCGAGGGGCAUAUUUAACUAAAGAGUUGUGAUAGAGUGACAAGGUGGCUGCAUCAGGAGCGCGCGUGGAAUGCGCGGGAGUGGAUUCGCUUAGCGCGCGCGCACGCACCGAGCCAGCCGUGCCGCCCUCCGAACACCCGGCCAUGGCGACCGAGACCAGCGGCGCCGCGGCCGGCGGCGAGCAGCAGUACUCGCUGCGGUGGAACGACUUCCACUCGGCGAUGGUGUCGUCGUUCCGGCGCCUGCGCGACGAGGAGGACUUCGUCGACGUCACGCUCGCCUGCGCCGGAGCCACCUUCUCCGCGCACAAGGUGGUGCUAUCAGCGUGCAGUCCCUACUUCCGAAGACUACUCAAAGCCAAUCCCUGCCAACACCCCAUCGUCAUACUGCGAGAUGUCCACGACAAAGAUAUGGAGAGUUUACUCAGGUUCAUGUACCAGGGCGAGGUGCACAUCGGGCAGGAACAACUGAAGGAAUUCCUCCGCGCGGCGCAGCUGCUGCAGGUGCGGGGACUCACCGACGUGCCGCCGCCCGCGCCCCUGCCCACCCUCGACCAGAAGGCCUCACCGUCGGCGACAUCAUGGACGGAGUCAGGCAGCGGCGCGUCGCGCGAAGGCCGCGAGGGCCGGCGCUCGCGGCGCCCCGACGAAAUGCACGCACAGACGCCGCCCCCCAAGCGCGCGCGCAGCUCUGACCUCUACCAGGCACAACUUAAAACCAGGACGGAGCAGCUGCUGGGUGUGCAGGGCGCGAGCCCCGAGCGGCUCGGCACUAACGGGCACGAGCUCGGCAUGUUCGCGCACCAGAUGGACAGCACCACCACCGCGCACCUGUCGGGAGCUUCUAAUAACGUGUCUGGCGACGGCGAGGAAUCAUCGUCAGACGCAGGCGCCAGCGACACGGAGGCCGAGCCGCGCGCCAAGCAGGAGCCGCUGGAGUACGACGAGCCCGCGCAGCCCAACGGCGCAGUGCCGCACUUCCCACCCUCGCUGCUCAACCUGCCCGGUUUUCCCGGCCUGCCUGGACCAUCCGGCAUCACAGACAACUUCGGCCAGUGCCGGCGCACGCAGGACUUGCUGCGCGUGCGCGCCACGGACCCGCGGCCCUGCCCCAAGUGCGGCAAGAUCUACCGCUCGGCGCACACGCUAAGGACCCACCUCGAGGACAAGCACACCGUCUGCCCCGGAUACAGGUGCGUGCUGUGCGGCACGGUGGCCAAGUCGCGCAACUCGCUUCACUCGCACAUGUCGCGGCAGCACCGCGGCAUCUCCACCAAGGACCUGCCCGUGCUGCAGAUGCCCACGCGCUUCGACCCCGAGCUCGCCAGCCAGUUGCUAGCGAAGGCAGGCGUGAAGGUGUCUCCCGAGCAGCUGCGGGCGCGCGCGUCCCCGACGGGCCCGCGGCGCUCCGACAUGAAGCUGGACGCCAAGUCGGCCGCCUCCGAGACCAGCUCCGUGGCCGACGACAACGAUGACCUCAGCCAGCACCGCUACCCCGACCCACCGCCGCUGUCCCCGCCACAUAUAAAUAACUUGGCGAACACAACAAUCACCAAGGUACCGGCGGUGCGCGCGGCCGCGGCCAAGACGCUGGAGGGCGUGCCCCCCGGGCUGGGCGGCCUCAAGCACGACGACUACCCACCCAACUUCGGCGGCGGCUCCGCGCUGCUCGACACCUACCUGCAGUACAUGAGCGAGAACAUGUUCGCAGGUAUGAACCCGGCGAAGCUGGCGCAGAUAAACGCGAUGCACAUGGACCGCAAGACGUACGACGAGCCGUCGCCGCAGAUGGGCUCGCUGCCGCCGCCGCCCACCACCAUGGCGCACCAGCGCUUCCUCAAGCAGAUGCAGCGGCAGUACACCGACGGCAUGGGCAAGCCGGACAUCGUGCGCGACUCCGACGAGCCACUCGACCUGGGCAAGGAGCGGCCGCGCAGCGCCUCGCCCGACGACGCGGCCGCCUCCUCUGACGCCGACUACUACGAGGAGCGGCGCGGGCUGACGGUCGGCGCCGACCUGGAGGCGGCGCGCGGCCCCGCCGACGACGCGGACGAGGCCGAGCGCCGCGCGCCCGCCUCAUGAGCCGCGCACCGCUCUUAGGACGAUGUUUUGUUGAAGGUUUCCAAACGGUGCUUGAGUGUUAUGUUUUGUGGUCGCUAGCCGAUCGGUUCGUUUUGCGGUUAAUGUAAUAAUGAUUUUAUUGUUGACCCGUGGAAUGUCGUUGGUGCCAUUUCCGAUAUUGUAUGUAAAUUAAAUUUAGGAUUAAAGGGUUGCGACCGGCCUCGGCGUAUUUGCUGGACACUGUAUGUUGGCGAGCCAGCGGCCAGUCGCAGCCCGCUAGCUGCCCGCGGGCGCGGCCCGGUCGGCGCCGACUGCAGCCGCCCCGGGCCGCCGCUCGACUUACACUAGUGCGUAGUGACUUGUAUCGUGUACGCGAGGUCCCCCUCACGUAGUGGACCUGUACAUAGUAAUUCCAUCCAUCUACCUCAGAGUUCGGGCCAAUAUGGCUGCGUUAUUAAAUAUCCACACAAAUUGUGAAAUUCCAUCCAUCUACCUCACUUCAAUAGAUUUUAUUUAAUAUUUUAUACAAUUUAUAGAUAUAAUAACUGUUGUUUUAUGCAUUUUGCAGAUUGCAUUUAUAUAUACUAUAGAGUAUAUCGUAGGUAAAUAUAUGCAAGUCAUUAGGAAACGUUAGUGCUGCCCGUAGAUCGUUACCGAACCCGUUAGAUAGUCGCACCACUAGCGGCGCCGGCCGCCGACUGCGGACACGGUCGGCGCCGGCGAGCACUGACGCAUGUGUGUUACACAAAUUAUCUUUGUAUACGAACAGAUAUGACAGAGCUUAAAAUUCGUACUAUUACUAUAAAAUAUAAAUUGAUUCAUAUAUUGUUUAAAAAUGUGCGUAUCGCCAUCUAACUGUGUGAUAGAUUUUACACAGCAAUUGAUAAUUAUAAUAGCGAUAAUUAUUAUUGAUACGGGACAAUUUUUUCAGAACUGUAAUCAUACUAUACCGGUAACUGCCUUGAGACUGAGUAUGAUAACCAGGCGAGACAAGCCCGGGAGAGUUCAAAUUCGAUUCGUAACAAAUUAUUGAGACAUUGUAUAUAAAUUGAAGUGAUAUGUAAAGUACAUAAUAAUAAAUAAAUAAAUAAUCAAAUAGAAACAAAAGCAAUAAUAAAGUAUACCUUGAUGUUGCCUUCGGUCGUGUGCAGAGAGUGGCCGCGCGGCCGCCGGAGGGCGGCGCGGCGGCGGCAAUGGACACACGCGAGAACGUUUAUUUUGUAGUAAUGAUGUGGGCUCGUUACUUAAAUAACAAUUACUGUGAUUACAAUCUCAUAUUAGCCUUCAAUACUUAUACAUAUUUUUUAGAGUACAAUGUUAUAGUUAUUUAGUAUAUUGUAAGUGUAUUUGUAAGCGAGUCACAAAUUAUAUUUACUUCCUUGGACUUAGAAUUCACAAUAUUUAAGUAUCUAGAGCAAUAGGAGAAGCAUUUAACCUUUUAUAUGAGAGAAGCCGCGGCGCGGUGCAGCCGUGCAGCCGCGGCCGCCGUGUGCCGUCGCGUCGCGGCCUGUAUGCUACGGGUUGAACGUAACUUAGUAUGUUAGUGAGAUUGACGAGUUGUCAAGUUUGGUUUGCGUUUACUAGAGUAACCUUGUUGACAGUUUACAGUGUUGCCAUAGUGAGUAAUUAUUUUCGACUGUAUUAAUAUAAGUUUGAUUGUUUAUAGAAACGAGUGCUUCAUGUUUGAUUAGUAUGUUAGACAAGUUUUGUUAAGAUCACUCAUCGACUCGCGCUCUACUCACUCCGUUCAGUAUGCACCGUGUACAUAGCAAUAACCAAUAGACAGUUACCAGAUUGUAAUUAAAAUAUAAAUGUUAUAUUUUUUCAAAACACAUUCUACGACAUUGGCCGGCGUCCGCGCCCAGCUGCAAGCGUGCGUAACUUAGUUUGUAUAUCACGAGUAGAGCCAGCUUGCGGCUCGCCGCGGCCGCCCGUUGGACCUGCAUACGAGAAUAUACUAUCUUACCAGUGACAUUGUAUUUAAUUAGGACUUUGAGUCAAUGAUUUAUGCUCUCAUUAUAGACAUUGUAUAAAUUUUAUGUUUAGUUACCUUAUUAUGAACUUUGGAAGUUCGAAUUUAAUGUUUAGUUUAUGUUUAUAUGCACAUGAACAUGUUGCGUGUGUACUCAGAAGCACGUAGUGUACCGUGCGGCGUGUUGCGGCCGGUCGCGGGCCAUAUGCGAGCCUGUGUACAUGCGUUACAUGUGGCUACUUUAUACAGAACUCUACACAAACACUCCACGUAAUUUCGCGCGAGGUCUCUGUAAACUAGCCACGUGUGUUGGUAGAGCCGCGACCGGACGCUCUCCGAAGUCUGAGUAUAAUUAUUUAAGUUCCAAUGACUCAGGUUGUAAAGUAGUGUGUUAGUUGUGUUGCAACACGUCUGCUUACUCGUGUCGCCUGCUCUGUGCAAGUUUCGAUUCCACGCGCCUGUUGAUCCAUUCAAUUUAAAGACAAAAAUAGUCAUGACAAAACAGUAAUUAUAGCACAAGAAAUUAUUUUUUGGAGUAUGUUGUAUGCGCUCAUAUACGCGACAUUUGUAUAAACUAGCCGUAGAAGGCAGUAAUGUUGAUCCCACACCGUUUCGUAACUGUUGUUUUUAUUUAUAUCGAGCGUUUUGAACAAUUGUUAAGGUGUCGGCGGAGCCCCGCGCUCGCGGCCGCGCCCUCCGCCGUGCGUUAGUGUACUAGCUGUAUGACGCUUCACUUCAUUAUUAUACAACAAUAAUAAAAAUAAUUGUUUUGAAACACUGCCGUUGUCAUUGUUCCUACUACUAUCCUGUACCUUACUUA